AUGGGCUACAAACUACUCCAUCGACAAUGGAGGUCGACGAGAGCUAUGUACAUUACGAUGAUAGCAGAGCUUGGCGGAACUGUGGCAGUACUGGUUUUAUUCGGCAUUGCUCAACCAGAUCUAUACCGAACGAAGUUAUGGCGGGCCGGCAAUGAACUCGGCUUCAACUCUAGCCCAAAUGUUAUCCUCUAUUCAUACGCCAACUAUGAACCAUAUCCGGAUAUCCCAUUUGUGUGGUCUCAAUUAUUAACUAAUUUCAAUGUCGCCAUAUCCGUCCUCAGUCUUUUCCUCCUCCUCACGAAACUCAUCGCGUUCAUUAUGCACGUGUGGUUCCCAAUUAUUGCCGCGAUUAUCAAUAUCUCCAUGAUAGCAUUAUACGCGGCGAGUAUGGGUGGGCAAGCGGGCCCAGAUCAUCUUGAUCCGACGUAUCCAAGCUCAGUAGCUUGGUAUAUCGCUAAGCCCUGUACUGUGGCAGCAAAUCAAAAGAUACAGGGUUACUGCCGACAAGCAAAAGGCUCCUUCGCCGUGACGUGUAUCAUGUUUGGCAUCUACCUUGCUAACCUAGGCCUAACAAUAUGGGCCCUACUACCGAACCCAGCCAACGAUAAAGUUGACGAGGACGACGAGGAUGAGACAUCUUCGCCAGCAGCUUUAAAAGGAGGCAAUUGGGAAAUGCAUGGAAUUCCGCAGACACCGAGAACAGGUGGGCUGCUGUAUACGCCACGGACGACGGCUUUCAAUACGCUCGAAAGUAAAGCUCCCCUACGAGACCAGUAUGCGUGA